UCUAAAGUGUUCAAUGCAUAGCUGGAAGGUUGAAGAUUCGAUCGCACCUAAUCUUCAGCAGUGAAAAGUGUAGUACGUCGCUAAAACUAUAAAAUAAUUUGGAAGAAAAUCUACGGAGGGCGCGUGCGUAACACGGUGAACGGGCGAACAAAAGCGUUCCUACGUUGAUCCGGAAAAAGCUGACUCCGAACAAAGCACUACCUCGUUGCUAGCUUUGGAGUGCGUAUACGAUCGCCAGUGAAAUUGUAACCGCGAGCACAACUUUCUCGCUUGAUUGGUGGCAGUUCCAGGGGCAAUGGAAACGCUAUCAAAUUUCGGCCAAGUGGCCCUGAAAUGGGAUCCAAAGAAUCUCGAGAUACGCACAAUGUCGGUGGAAAAAACGCUUGAACCGCUAGUGCUGCAGGUGACCACGCUAGUGAGUACGAAGGGACCGAGCAAAAAGAAGAAAGGCAAAUCGAAACGCGCAAGUGCGUUAGUUGCCGCCGUCGAAAAAGCCACCGACAUUUUCAUCGAGCGCGGUGAACAGAUUGCCUAUGAAAAUCCGGACAUCACGCAGGAGAUGCUGUCGGCCGUAGAGGAAGUUCGCAAAACGGGUUCCGCGAUGAGCAUUGCGGCGCGUGAAUUUUCCGAAGAUCCAUGCAGUUCCCUUAAGCGCGGAAAUAUGGUACGUGCUGCCAGAAAUCUGCUUUCCGCCGUAACGCGACUGCUCAUCCUAGCCGAUAUGGUCGAUGUGCAUUUGCUGCUGAAGUCGCUGCAUGUCGUUGAGGACGACCUUGACAAGCUGCGAAACGCCUCGUCCCAGGAUGAGCUUAUGAACAACAUGCGCCAGUUUGGCCGCAACGCAAACGAGCUGAUUAAACAGGCAGCCAAACGUCAACAGGAGUUGAAAGAUCCGCAGUUACGGGACGAUCUGGCAGCGGCACGGGCUGUGCUGAAGAAACACUCCACUAUGCUGCUGACGGCUUCGAAAGUGUACGUGCGCCAUCCGGAGCUUGAUCUGGCCAAGGUGAACCGGGAUCAUAUUCUGAAGCAGGUGUGCGAAGCAGUCAACACGAUUAGCGAUGUGGCCCAAGGCAAGUCAUCUCAGCCGCAGGAUGUAUACGUUGGUGCUGGCGAAUUGGCAGCAGCUUUGGACGAUUUCGACGAGGGCAUUAUAAUGGAUCCGCGAGCAUACAACGAAGUCCGCUCGAGACCGUCACUCGAGGAGCGACUAGAGAGCAUUAUCAGUGCGGCAGCACUUAUGGCCGAUGCGGACUGUACGCGUGACGAACGGCGUGAACGAAUUGUUGGAGAAUGUAAUGCCGUACGACAAGCGCUGCAGGAUUUGCUGUCUGAGUACAUGUCUAACAUGGGAACGAAAGAUCGUACACCGGAACUGGAACGCGCUAUCGGUCACAUGUAUCGAAAAACGAAGGAUCUACGCCGACAACUACGCAAGGCGGUCGUCGAUCAUGUUUCGGAUUCUUUCCUUGAAACGAACAUGCCCCUGCUGGAUCUGAUCGAAGCGGCACGCGGUGGUAACGAAAAGGUGGUCCGUGAACGAGCCGAUAUCUUUACCAAGCACGCGGAAAAGUUAGUCGAAGUGGCAAACCUCGUGUGCAGCAUGUCGAACAACGAAGAUGGCGUUAAGAUGGUUCGUUACGCGGCAGACCAAAUCGAAACGCUCUGCCCACAGGUGAUCAAUGCGGCACUCAUUCUAGCCGCACGACCCAACUCGAAGGUAGCGCAAGAGAACAUGGAAGCGUACCGUCAGGCGUGGGAGAAUCAAGUUCGUAUUCUAACCGAAGCCGUCGACGAUAUUACCACGAUCGAUGAUUUUCUUGCCGUGUCGGAAAAUCACAUCCUGGAGGAUGUGAAUAAAUGUGUGCUUGCGCUGCAGGAAGGCGACGCGCUAGAUCUGCGAAAUACUGCCGGUGCAAUUCAGGGACGUUCGGCACGCGUUUGUAACGUGGUAGAGGCCGAGAUGGACAAUUACGAACCGUGCAUCUACACCAAGCGCGUGCUUGAAGCGGUAAAGGUACUGCGGGAACAGGUGAUGUCCAAGUUUGCGCAGCGUGUCGAUGUGGCUGUCGAUGCAUUGUCCUCCAACUCGCCGAAGGAUGUGGACGAGAACGAUUUCAUCGACGCAUCACGGCUUGUGUACGAUGGUGUGCGUGAAAUUCGUCGAGCCGUGCUAAUGAACAGGAGUUCCGAUGAGUUGGACACUGAUACGGAGUUCGAACCAGUCGAGGAUAUGACUGUUGAAACACGUAGUAGAUCGAGCGCACAUACCGGUGAUCAAACUAUUGACGAGUAUCCUGAAAUUAGUGGCAUCACAACCGCUAGAGAAGCAAUGCGUAAGAUGAAUGAGGAGGAUAAGCAGAAAAUUAUGCAGCAGGUCGAACUAUUCCGUCGCGAGAAGCUGACGUUCGAUUCGGAAGUAGCGAAAUGGGACGACACUGGCAACGAUAUUAUCUAUCUCGCCAAGCACAUGUGUAUGAUCAUGAUGGAGAUGACGGACUUCACGCGAGGACGUGGUCCGUUGAAAACAACGAUGGACGUUAUUAAUGCGGCAAAGAAAAUUUCCGAAGCAGGCACGAAGCUCGACAAGUUGACACGUGAAAUUGCCGACCAGUGCCCGGAAAGUUCUACCAAGAAGGAUUUGCUCGCUUACCUGCAGCGUAUUGCCCUGUACUGUCACCAGAUUCAGAUCACUUCGAAGGUGAAAGCUGAUGUGCAGAACAUUAGCGGUGAACUGAUCGUGUCAGGGGUAAUGUUGGACAGUGCGACGUCACUAAUUCAAGCAGCAAAGAAUUUGAUGAAUGCCGUCGUUUAUACGGUUAAAUAUUCGUAUGUUGCUUCCACCAAGUACACACGGCAGGGAACCGUUUCGAAUUACUCACCGAUAGUCGUGUGGAAGAUGAAGGCGCCAGAAAAGAAGCCAUUGGUUCGGCCCGAAAAACCGGAAGAGGUGCGUGCCAAGGUGCGGCGUGCGUCACAAAAGAAAACACAAAACCCUGUACAUGCGCUUUCGGAAUUCCAAAGUCCUACGGAUGCUGUUUAAGAUGUGUUGAAGCAUAACGUGCGUUUUUACCACUUCUUGCGAGUAAUGAAAACAUAAGAAAAGACAAUUGGACAGAGUCAGGGAGUUUGCUUCUUCCUUAUUAUUCGGAUAACACAUUACGACCUCCACACGAAUCAAGCGUGAGGAAAAAGUAUGCAGGAAAAAGUAAUUGUGUUAAAGUUAGAAAAAAAUUACAUCGCAUUGUAUGGUACUAGAUACGAAACAACGCACUUUGUUUUAUCUUAAUGAAUUGAUCAUCAACGGACUGAAGCAUACGAACAGAAAGAUGUAGACGCAUUUCUAUAUUGGUAAUCAAAAAAUCUUCAACGAAAGUAUGGAAUGGUGAGAAUUUUACCCCUUUUUUUAUAACACAAGCUCAGCAUAUUCGGCUAUUUCAAAUAUGUUUAUGAGCUAUAAUUUUUUUGCAUACUUUCGCAUGUUAUUUAUUAUUCCUCAUGUUUUUAUUUCCUUGAUUCUACUAUGGCACAAUGAUGCCAACGCUAAAUUUAAUAUAGUAUCGCAAUCACCGUGCAUUAAAACAUCCAUUCAAAGGAAUCCACAAAAGACACAUACACAAACAGUCACGUUCGAGAAGAUGCGAGAAGCCACUCGCCUUUUAUUUUAUUAGCGUAAGAACAUAAUUAUAUCAGUAUUUUCCGUUUCGUUUUCCAUCUGGUUUUGCCCCGAAACGCUGCAAAACGAAAAUGAUAGAAUCUGCACACAGGGAAAAAGUAAACGAAAAGUUGAAGGUUGCGUAGCGCAAAUGUAUGGCCAAAAAUGACUAGGAGUUAGGGUGAAUUAACGCGCGGGCAAACAAAUAAUCUAAUCAUCGAAAGUGACAAGUCUCUCUUCUUCUGUCUCAGCCACUUUCUUGAGGGGUUGAUAAGGGAAACCGUACAGAGUGUUGUUGAAGCAGCAGUAGCAACAGCAAAGCUCAAAAAUAGUAGCAGUAUAUACUGACCCGCCUAGAGGAAUUUAACGUUGUAAAUUGAAGUGCUCAUCGAACUAUCGCGUUGCAUGCGCGACCCAUAGCAUUUGACCGUGACUUUUAUGGGCUAACAUUUUAAAAAAGAAAAAAGAAAGCAGUUAUAACAAUGGGCGCGUUACCGUUCAUAAGAGCAGGGUCGAGGCUUCGCAGAAUGUGAAGCGCACACAGCAUUAUACUCUCUUUCAGCAACCACCAUCAAUUACACCUUGAGAUAAAAACUCCAACGUUCCACACACUGUAUGUAGCGGCCGCAUUUAGACAGCAGCGUUCUAGAGUUUCCAUAUAUACACGUAAACUUUAAUGCUAUAAUAUAUACAGAAUAUACACUCAAUAAUGAGGGAAGCUUACACUAAUAGAGCGUCCGGGUGUUUGAAAAAAAAACCCGUUAAAUUACAUGGACACGUGCACACACACAUGAACACAUUUUGAUGUAGCAAUGGACAGAUGUAGUAGAAGGAAUCCUUAAAACUAUAGCCGCCCGGCUGUAUGUUUGAAAUAGCUUUUAUGUUGAAAUGAGUAUGGAAGUAUGAACUCUAACAAACAUGAUAUAGAAUAAAUCUAUUAACCGGAGAAAGGAGUGUUAACUGGCCCUGACGGGUAAGGGAAGCAUACGGAGAAAGAUGUGCGUGUGUGUGUGUUUAAGAAAUAAAAUGUUAGA